AUGGGCUUAUUUACAACUUCUAACAUUUCUGACGUUGGCGUCACAGUAGUCUUGGGCUCCCAAUGGGGAGACGAAGGAAAAGGUAAGCUAGUUGACUUAUUGGCACAAGAAGCAGAUAUUUGUGCACGGUGUGCUGGUGGAAACAACGCCGGACAUACAAUAGUCGUAAACGGUACAAAAUAUGACUUUCAUAUGCUUCCAUCUGGCUUGAUUAACCCUAAUUGUGUGUCGAUCAUUGGCUCUGGAGUUGUUGUUCAUAUUCCAUCAUUUUUUGAAGAAUUGAAAACUUUGGAAGAAAAAGGAUUAAAUGCUAGUGGUCGUCUUUUAAUUUCGGAUCGAGCACACUUGGUGUUUGAUUUUCAUCAAAUCGUUGAUGGCUUGAAAGAAAAAGAACUGGGACGAUCAAGAUCUGGUUUACGUGUUCAUCAUUUAUCAAAUCAUGAGGUGUUUGCAGAAAAAUUUCGCCAGUUAGUAGAGAAUAGAAGGAAAAGGUACGGUCAUUUUGAAUACGACAUUGAAGCCGAAAUAGAACGUUACAAGGAUUUUGCCGAACGUUUAAAACCUUAUGUUGUAGAUAGUGUGAUUUUUAUGCACAAAUGUUUAACGUCGCGUAAAAAAAUACUCGUUGAAGGAGCUAAUGCAUUGAUGCUUGAUCUGGAUUUUGGCACUUAUCCAUUUGUGACAAGCUCUAACACUACUAUUGGUGGUGUGAGCACUGGACUGGGUAUUCCACCGACCAAGAUUGAUAAAGUGAUCGGCGUCGUGAAGGCGUACACAACGAGGGUAGGAGGAGGGCCAUUUCCUACAGAAUUGAAAGAUGAAAAAGGAGAAUAUUUACAACGCGUUGGCGCAGAAUACGGCGUUACCACCGGACGAAAGCGCAGGUGUGGAUGGCUUGAUCUUGUAGUUUUGAAAUAUUCAACAUUAAUUAAUGGCUAUACGAGUCUAAAUUUGACCAAACUUGAUGUGUUGGAUAAUCUUAAUGAACUUAAGGUGGCAACUGCAUAUUAUAUAGACGGAAAACCUUUAGAAAGUUUCCCAGCUGAUUUGGAUAGUCUCGAAAAAGUGACCGUCCAAUAUGAGAUAUUACAAGGCUGGAAGUGCGAUAUCUCAAAAUGUCGGCGGUUUUCAGAACUUCCAGAAAAUGCGCAAAAAUACGUGAAAUUUAUUGAAAAUUAUCUUGGCGUUCCUAUCGAAUGGAUCGGCGUCGGUGUUAACCGUGAAGACAUGAUUGAUUUAAAGAAGGAUAGAUAA